GAUAGGGUGGUUCAAGGUCCACUCAGGAUCCAGUUAAGUCAUCUAAAAGAAAUCCAGCUUCAUCCAAUCAUUUAUCAGCUCAAUCUCCAUGUGUCAUUGCCACAUAACAUACAAAUAACGGCCAAUAAGAUCAGUUUUCAGACAACAAGCCUAUCCCUCCCUGUUUUUUCACCAUGUCUGCAACAGCUGCAACAGCAUUCCAAUCUUCCCUAUGCAUCUCUUCCCAGAAACCUUCAUUUUCUCCCACAAAUUCCCAGGAACCAAAAACCCAUUUAGCAUCAAAACCAAAAAGCCUCCUCCACAAACACCCACUCUACUCAUCGGCUCGCCACAACAUCUCCCUUCAAAUCAAGGAGAAAAUCCUAUGCCUCGAAAUCAUGGGCAUUGACUCAGGUAAAGCACUCUCACUCAACCCUUCUCUCCGCACCACUUCCCUUGAUUCCCUCAACUCCAUCAUCUCCUUCCUGCAAUCCAAAGGCAUUCAUCAAAAGGACCUCCCUAGAAUCUUUGGCAUGUGCCCCAAAAUCCUGACCUCCAAUAUCAAAACUGACCUUAACCCAGUUUUCAGUUUCCUCUCCCAAGACCUUAAUGUCCCAGAAAACAACUACAGGAAGGUCAUAAACAAGUGUCCAAGACUGCUUACUUCAAGUGUCAGAGACCAGCUGAAACCAGCUUUAUUCUAUCUCCAAAGGCUAGGGUUUAAAGACUUGGAAGCCUUGGCUUAUCAAGACCCUGUGUUGCUAGUGUCCAGUGUGGAACACACCUUGAUACCCAAGUUGAAGUUCUUGGAAAGUAUGGGGAUUUCAACAGGUGAGGCUAAAAGCAUGGUGUUGAGGUGCCCUGGUUUGUUCACUUUCAGCAUAGAGAACAACUACAAGCCCAAAUUUGAGUACUUCAAGGAGGAGAUGAAUGGGAAUUUGGAGGAGUUGAAGGAAUUCCCCCAGUUCUUUGCUUUUAGUUUAGAGAAGAGGAUAAAACCAAGGCACGUUGAAGUCAUGAAAAGUGGGGUUAAAUUGCCAUUGGCUAACAUUCUAAAGAGCACUGAUGAAGAGUUUAAGGAGUUGCUGAGAAACAAUGAGGUUAAUAGCUGA